AAACUCGUGUUCGGAGCGCUGCGCUCACCUGUGGAGCGGAGGAGGGGAGGCCUGGGUCCUCGGCUGGCGUGCGGUGUGCGCCCCGCUCUGACCGCAGAGCCCCCUUCCCGAGAAAGGCGGCUGGCCCGCUCCCGGCUGGCGAUCACGCGGGGCCCCUGUCUGCUUGGUGCGCAGGUGAGGGUCUGCCCUUCCGCUGCGCCCCGGACAGCCUGGAGGUGAGCACGCGCUGGGCCCUGGACCGCGAGCAGCGGGAGAAGUACGAGCUGGUGGCCGUGUGCACCGUGCACGCCGGCGCGCGCGAGGAGGUGGUAAUGGUGCCCUUCCCGGUGACCGUGUACGACGAGGACGACUCGGCGCCCACAUUCCCCGCGGGCGUCGACACCGCCAGCGCCGUGGUGGAGUUCAAGCGGAAGGAGGACACUGUAGUGGCCACUCUGCGUGUCUUCGAUGCAGACGUGGUACCUGCGUCAGGGGAGCUGGUGAGGCGGUACACAAGCACGCUGCUCCCCGGGGACACCUGGACCCAGCAGACCUUCCGGGUGGAGCACUGGCCCAACGAGACCUCAGUCCAGGCCAACGGCAGCUUCGUGCGGGCGACUGUACAUGACUAUAGGCUGGUUCUCAAUCGGAACCUCUCCAUCUCGGAGAACCGCACCAUGCAGCUGGCUGUGCUGGUCAAUGACUCGGACUUCCAGGGCCCAGGAGCGGGCGUCCUCUUGCUCCACUUCAACGUGUCGGUGCUGCCGGUCAGCCUGCACCUGCCCAGUAGCUACUCCCUCUCUGUGAGCAGGAGGGCUCGUCGAUUUGCCCAGAUCGGGAAAGUCUGUGUGGAAAACUGCCAGGCGUUCAGUGGCAUCAGUGUCCAGUACGAGCUGCAUUCCUCCGGCGCCAACUGCAGCACACUAGGGGUGGUCACCUCGGCCGAGGACACCUCGGGGAUCCUGUUUGUGAACGACACCAAGGCCCUGCGACGGCCCAAGUGUGCUGAGCUUCACUACAUGGUGGUGGCCACCGACCAUCAGACCUCCAGGCAGGCUCAGGCCCAGCUGCUUGUCACGGUGGAGGGGUCGUAUGUGGCCGAGGAGGCGGGCUGCCCCCUGUCCUGUGCAGUCAGCAAGAGACGGCCAGAGUGUGAGGAGUGUGGCGGCCUGGGCUCCCCAACGGGCAGAUGUGAGUGGAGGCAAGGAGAUGGCAAAGGGAUCACCAGGAACUUCUCCACCUGCUCUCCCAGCACCAAGACUUGCCCCGAUGGCCACUGCGAUGUCGUGGAGACCCAAGACAUCAACAUUUGCCCCCAGGACUGCCUCCGGGGCAGCAUUGUCGGCGGGCAUGAGCCCGGGGAGCCCCGGGGGAUUAAAGCUGGCUAUGGUACCUGCAACUGCUUCCCUGAGGAGGAGAAGUGCUUCUGCGAGCCCGAAGACAUCCAGGAUCCACUGUGCGACGAGCUGUGCCGCACGGUGAUUGCAGCCGCCGUCCUCUUCUCCUUCAUCGUUUCGGUGCUGCUGUCUGCCUUCUGCAUCCACCGCUACCACAAGUUUGCCCACAAGCCACCCAUCCCCUCAGCUGAGAUGACCUUUCGGAGGCCCGCCCAGGCCUUCCCGGUCAGCUACUCCUCUUCCGGCGCCCGCCGGCCCUCGCUCGACUCCAUGGAGAACCAGGUCUCCGUGGAUGCCUUCAAGAUCCCGGAGGAUCCAAAGUGGGAAUUCCCUCGGAAGAACUUGGUUCUUGGAAAAACUCUAGGAGAAGGUGAAUUUGGAAAAGUGGUCAAGGCAACGGCCUUCCGUCUGAAAGGCAGAGCAGGGUACACCACAGUGGCCGUGAAGAUGCUGAAAGAGAACGCCUCCCCGAGUGAGCUGCGAGACCUACUGUCAGAGUUCAACCUCCUGAAGCAGGUCAACCACCCACAUGUCAUCAAAUUGUAUGGUGCCUGCAGCCAGGAUGGCCCGCUCCUCCUCAUUGUGGAGUACGCCAAGUAUGGUUCCCUGCGGGGCUUCCUCCGUGAGAGCCGCAAGGUGGGGCCCGGCUACCUGGGCAGUGGAGGCAGCCGCAACUCCAGCUCCCUGGACCACCCAGACGAGCGGGCCCUCACCAUGGGCGACCUCAUCUCAUUUGCCUGGCAGAUCUCACGGGGGAUGCAGUACCUGGCCGAGAUGAAGCUCGUUCAUCGGGACUUGGCAGCCAGAAACAUCCUGGUAGCUGAGGGGCGGAAGAUGAAGAUUUCGGAUUUCGGCCUGUCCCGAGAUGUUUAUGAAGAGGAUUCCUACGUGAAGAGGAGCAAGGGUCGGAUUCCAGUUAAAUGGAUGGCAAUUGAAUCUCUUUUUGAUCAUAUCUAUACCACCCAAAGUGAUGUAUGGUCGUUCGGUGUCCUGCUGUGGGAGAUUGUGACCCUAGGGGGCAACCCCUAUCCUGGGAUUCCUCCUGAGCGGCUCUUCAACCUUCUGAAGACCGGCCACCGGAUGGAGAGGCCAGACAACUGCAGCGAGGAGAUGUACCGCCUGAUGCUGCAGUGUUGGAAGCAGGAGCCAGACAAAAGGCCAGUGUUUGCGGACAUCAGCAAAGACCUGGAGAAGAUGAUGGUUAAGAGCAGAGACUACUUGGACCUUGCGGCGUCCACUCCGUCCGACUCCCUGCUUUAUGACGACGGCCUCUCAGAGGAGGAGACACCCCUGGUGGACUGUAAUAAUGCCCCCCUCCCUCGAGCCCUCCCUUCCACAUGGAUUGAAAACAAACUCUAUGGUAGAAUUUCCCAUGCAUUUACUAGAUUCUAGCACUGCUGUCCCCUCUGCACUAUCCUUCCUCUCUGUGAUGCUUUUUAAAAAUGUUUCUGGUCUGAACAAAACCAAAGUCUUGCUCUGAACCUUUUUAUUUGUAAAUGUCUGACUUUGCAUCCAGUUUACAUUUAGGCAUUUUUGCAACUAUGUUUUUCUAAAAGGAUGUGAAAAUAAGUGUAAUUACCACAUCGCCCAGCAACUUAGGAUGGUAGAGGAAAAAACAGAUCAGGGUGGAACUCUCAGGGGAGACCAAGAACAGGCCGAAGAAGGCAUUUCUAGGGUGGGAAUCAAGUCAUAGCACUUCUACUUUAACUACGUGGAUAAAUUUACAAAUCUGGGGAGGUAUUCAGUUGAGAAAGGAGCUGCCAGCACCACCCACCCUGCACUGGGAACACAGCCAGGUUCCCCCAGACCCCUCCUGGGCAGACGGGUGCCUCUCAGAGGCCACCUGGGACUGGCAAGCGUCCACGGGCCAAGCCUCAGCCCCAGUCCCAGUUGCAUGUCCUCCAUCCGGGGCAGUGAGAUUGCAGGAGCUGGCCAGCCCUGGGAGGACACACCCCCACUGCUGUUUUCACAUCCUUUGCCUUACCCACCUUCAGGACAGUUGUCACUUAUGAAGUCAGUGCUAAAGCCGGAGCAGUUGCUUUUUGAAAGAACAUAGUCUGUGGUGCUGUGGUCUUGCAAUGGACAGUAAAUAUGGUUCUUGCCAAAACUCCUUCUUUUGUCUUCGAUUAAAUACUUGAAAUUU